UCCGGGUGGCUGCGGGCAGCGGUGGCGGCUGCGGCUGCGGGGUCCGGGUCGCAACCAGGGCCAGGUCGCAGCGAGUUCGGAGGCGGAACACCUGAGGGCGGCGUCCCCACGCGAGGUGACCCCGUCGGAGGGAGCGUACCCCAACCCGCGCCUCCGCGUCCCAGCAGGGCUCCAGCCCUCCCCUCCCAGGAGGCUCCCUGCCAAGAUGGCGUCAGCUGGAGAUCCCCCGACGGGCCAGCGGGAUGCAGCGGACCAGAACUUCGACUACAUGUUCAAGCUGCUGCUCAUCGGCAACAGCAGCGUGGGCAAGACGUCCUUUCUGUUCCGAUACGCCGACGACUCCUUCACGCCCGCCUUUGUCAGCACUGUGGGCAUCGACUUCAAGGUCAAGACCGUCUACCGCCACGACAAGAGGAUCAAGCUGCAGAUCUGGGACACGGCAGGCCAGGAGCGCUACCGUACAAUCACCACAGCCUACUACCGCGGAGCCAUGGGCUUCCUGCUCAUGUAUGACGUCACCAACCAGGAGUCCUUUGCCGCCGUGCAGGACUGGGCCACGCAGAUCAAGACCUACUCCUGGGACAACGCUCAGGUCAUCCUCGUGGGGAACAAGUGUGACCUGGAGGACGAGCGUGUCGUGCCCACUGAGGAAGGCCAGAGGCUCGCUGACGACCUUGGUUUCAAGUUCUUUGAGGCCAGCGCCAAGGAGAACAUCAACGUGAAGCAGGUCUUCGAGCGCCUGGUGGACGUCAUCUGCGAGAAGAUGAAUGAGUCCCUGGAACCCAGCUCCAGCCCGGGCAGCAAUGGGAAAGGCCCGGCCUUAGGGGACACCCCACUCCCGCAUACCAGCAGCUGCCCCUGCUAGAGAUGAUCCCCCACCCCCGCCCACCCCCUCCUGCCUUGGCAGGGACAGUGACUGAGGCAUGAGCCACAAGGGCUGUUUCCAAGCUCAGGGCGCCCCCCUCCCCUCCCAUCAGCCGCAUCUCCCCCGCCCCCCCCCCCCGCCAACUCCCGCAUGGCGCGUUCUCUGGCCAUGGCCACCAGCCUGCCCAAGCGGCCCCUUUCACAGGCUCCAGACCCUGGGGACUCCGCACUGCAGGCAGAGUCUGGGGAUAGGGGCGUGCACGAUCUUGCUGCUUUCAGGCGCUUUCAUGGGGGCAGUGCGGGCAGCGUGUCCCACCCCGCCUGGAUCCACAGUGCCUUCUGGGUUAGAACCACUUAUCCACAUCCGUUUCUUUGUCGGGCAUUGUUUGGAGUUCACGUGCUGGCCAAAGAUGGUUCUUCUCCCUCGUGCA